UGUAGUCAGGGUAAACACGGAAGUCAAAUCGGUCUAAAUAUAGCUGCUCUUUAUACGUCUAUCUUUACUUAAUAUGCUUUUAUGAGAGACAAAAAUUACACAAGAUCGAUAAAGUGCUAAAAACUGAGCAUUUCGAUAGUUUGAGUCGAGCAUUUCGUUUGUUGUUCGUAUCUGUACGCUGAUCUCCGGACAUGUGCUGAAGCUCAAUGGCUUCAGAGAAACGAGUCAGGUUUGUGAUUGUAGGUGGAGGAAUCGCAGGUGUAACCUGUGCAGAACAGAUCGCAUCACAGUUCCCAUCAGAUGAAGUUUGUCUUCUUACAGCUUCUCCUUUAGUGAAGAAGGUUACAAAUUUCAAACAGGUUUCGAAAACCUUGGAAGAAUUUGAUAUUGAAGAACAGCCGUCCAGUGUUUUAGAGGAAAAGUAUCCCAACCUGAAAGUCCUCCAAUCUGCAGUCAGACUCCUGAAAGCCAGGGAACAUAUUUUAGAAACAGAGGAUGGUCAGAGAUUCUCCUAUAGAAAGCUGUGUCUAUGCAGUGGAGGCAGACCGAAACUUCUGUCCCGGGACAACCCUCAUGUGUUGGGCAUACGAGACACAGACAGCGCUCAGGAGUUUCAAAAGCGUUUAUCAACGGCCAAACGCAUAGUGGUCAUCGGCAAUGGAGGAAUCGCUUUAGAGCUGGUGUAUGAAGUGGAGGGCUGUGAAGUGGUCUGGGCCGUAAAGGAUAAAGCUAUAGGAAACACAUUCUUUGAUGCAGGAGCUGCUCAGUUUCUGAUUCCCUCACUGGAGGCGGACAGAAGAGAAGCGUCUUCACUCUGCAAGAGAGCGCGAUACACUACUGACAACACCGCUGCAGGCCACAGUGGGUGUUCUUCUGAGCUCGGCAGUGCCCUCGGCCCAGACUGGCAUGAGGGUAUUGAACUCAGAGGAGCAAAACAGAGCGUGAGUGGCGUUCAUAUCGAAUACGAAUGUGAGGUUGAGCAGAUUUACACCCAGCAGGAGCUUCUGCAGGCCGAACAUGGCACAAAGACAGCCGAGUUAGGCAUGUGGUCUGCUUAUGUUCAGUUGACCAAUGGGAAGAUUUAUGGCUGUGAUUUUAUUGUCAGCGCAACAGGCGUCGUAUCAAACACUGAUCCGUUUCUUCCUGGCAACAAUUUCGAUGUGGCAGCGGAUCACGGUCUGCUAGUGGACGAUCACAUGCGCACUUCUGAAGCAGAUGUGUUUGCGGCUGGUGAUGUGUGCAGUGCAGGCUGGGAGCCCAGCUCUCUCUGGCAACAGAUGCGGUUGUGGACUCAGGCGCGUCAGAUGGGCUGGUACGCAGCUCGCUGUAUGGCUGCAGAUGUUAUGGACGAGCCUAUCGAGCUGGACUUCUGCUUCGAGCUCUUCUCACACAUCACAAAGUUCUUCAACUACAAGGUGGUUUUGCUGGGGAAGUUCAACGCUCAAGGUUUGGGCCAGGACCACGAGCUUCUCGUGCGCUGUACGAAAGGACAGGAGUAUGUUAAAGUGGUCCUGAGCGGCGGCCGGAUGGUGGGAGCCGUCCUUAUUGGAGAAACGGAUCUGGAGGAAACCUUUGAAAACCUCAUCCUCAACCGAAUGGACUUGACCCGAUACGGCGAGGAGCUGCUAAACCCAAAUAUCGACAUUGAAGACUACUUUGACUGAGUCCUCCUGGUGACACAGAGAUAAUUAAGGUAUAUUUAACUUAUAAAUAGUCCACCUUUUGCCUUGCGUUGAGCCAAUAAUGGUGUGUUCGGCUUUAAAUUAAACAUUGUUUACUGAGGAAAGUA